UUCUUUUAGCGCCUUAGCAGGUGAUGACCCGCGCCUGCGGCCCGCUUUGGCCCCACGCGCCCUUGCGCCCAGCUUCACUUUCACUUUCGAUCCCGGGCGGCAAGACUGGCGGCGGUGCUGAAGGUAAUUUGAGCAAGAAGGUGGUGUCCUCAAAUAGUCACUUGCAAGCAUGCCCUCUCUUCUUUCCCUAGUAUUGACCUUUUUAGCUGUGUCUUCUCCUUCUUGUUGUCAGAACAGUGACACAGCAUCUCCAAAAGCUAGUAAUGGGGCCUCAUUCCCUUGGAAUAAUAUGCGACUUCCUGAGUAUAUCACCCCAAUUCAUUAUGAUCUCAUGAUCCAUGCAAACCUUAGCACUCUGACUUUCUGGGGGAAAACAGAAGUAGAAAUCACAGUUAGCCAGCCCACCAGCACCAUUAUCAUGCACAGUCACCAGCUGCAAAUAUCUAAGGCCACCCUCAGGAGAGGAGCUGAAGAGAUGCUGCCUGAAGAACCACUGAAGCUCAUGGAAUAUUCUGCUCAUGAGCAAGUUGCACUGCUGACUGCCCAGCCGCUCCUUGCUGGGUCCGUGUGCACAGUUAUCAUCACCUAUGCUGCCAACCUGUCUGAGAAUUUCCAUGGAUUCUAUAAAAGCACCUACAGAACACAGGAGGGGGAAAGGAGAAUACUUGCAGCAACACAGUUUGAACCCACAGCUGCUAGAAUGGCUUUUCCCUGCUUUGAUGAGCCUGCCCUCAAGGCAAGUUUUUCCAUCAAGAUAAAGAGGGAUCCAAGGCACCUGGCCAUCUCCAACAUGCCCUUGGUGAAAUCUGUGACUGUUGCUGAAGGACUCAUAGAAGACCAUUUUGACAUCACUGUGAAAAUGAGCACCUACCUGGUGGCCUUCAUUAUUUCUGAUUUUAAGUCUGUGAGCAAGAUGACUAAGAGUGGAGUCAAGGUCUCUGUGUAUGCUGUGCCAGACAAGAUAAAUCAAGCAGAUUAUGCUCUGGAUGCUGCAGUGACUCUUCUAGAGUUUUAUGAGGAUUAUUUCAGCAUUCCAUAUCCUUUACCCAAGCAAGAUCUUGCUGCAAUUCCAGACUUUCAGUCUGGUGCUAUGGAAAACUGGGGCCUGACCACAUACAGAGAAUCUGCUUUGUUAUAUGAUAAAGAAAAGUCUUCUGCAUCCAGUAAGCUUGGCAUCACAAUGACUGUAUCCCAUGAACUGGCUCACCAGUGGUUCGGGAACUUGGUCACAAUGGAAUGGUGGAAUGACCUUUGGCUCAAUGAAGGAUUUGCCAAAUUUAUGGAGUUUGUGUCUGUCACUGUGACCCAUCCUGAAUUAAAAGUUAUGCAAAUACUCACAGCCAACCAUCAGAAUGAGCCUGAGGACCUCAGUGGAAGAGCUAUGGAAAGGACUGAGGAAGAAUAUUUUUUUGGCAAGUGUUUUAAUGCAAUGGAAGUUGAUGCAUUAAACUCCUCUCACCCUGUAUCCACACCUGUGGAGAAUCCUGCACAGAUUCGGGAGAUGUUUGAUGAGGUUUCUUAUGAAAAGGGUGCUUGUAUUCUGAAUAUGCUAAGAGAUUAUCUGAGUGCAGAUACAUUUAAAAGAGGAAUUGUACAGUAUCUUCAAAAGUAUAGUUAUAAAAACACGAAAAAUGAGGACCUGUGGGAUAGCAUGAUGCAUAUUUGCCCCACAGAUGGCACACAAACAAUGGAUGGCUUUUGCUCUAGUAACCAACACUCAUCAUCAACCUCACACUGGCGUCAGGAGGUUAUAGAUAUAAAGAGCAUGAUGAACACAUGGACACUGCAGAAGGGCUUUCCUCUGAUAACCAUCACUGUGAGAGGGCGGAAUGUGCACUUGAAGCAAGAACAUUACAUGAAAGGUUCUGAAUGCUUCCCAGAGACUGGGUCUCUGUGGCAUGUUCCGCUGACAUUCAUUACCAGCAAAUCAGAUUCAGUCCAGAGAUUUUUGCUGAAGACAAAGACAGAUGUGAUCAUCCUCCCAGAAGCAGUGGAAUGGAUCAAAUUUAAUGUAGGAAUGAAUGGCUAUUACAUUGUGCAUUACGGGGAUGAUGGAUGGGCUUCUCUGAAUGGCCUCUUAAAAGAAGCACACACAACAAUCAGCAGUAAUGAUCGGGCAAGUCUCAUCAACAAUGCAUUUCAGCUGGUCAGCAUCGGAAAGUUAUCAAUUGAAAAAGCCCUGGAUUUAACCCUGUACUUGAAAAAUGAAACUGAAAUUAUGCCCAUAUUCCAAGGUUUGAAUGAACUGAUACCUAUGUAUAAGUUAAUGGAGAAAAGAGAUAUGGUUGAGGUGGAAACUCAAUUCAAGGACUUUCUUCUCAGGCUGCUAAAGGACCUUAUUAAUAAGCAAACCUGGACAGAUGAAGGCUCUGUCUCAGAGAGGAUGCUCAGGAGCCAGCUCUUACUCCUAGCAUGUGUGCACAGGUAUCAGCUCUGCGUGCAGAGGGCAGAGCGCUAUUUCAGAGAGUGGAAGGCAUCCAAUGGAAACAUGAGCCUCCCUAUUGAUGUGACCUUGGCGGUGUUUGCUGUUGGGGCCCAGAACACAGAAGGCUGGGAUUUUCUUUAUAGUAAAUAUCAGUCUUCUUUGUCUAGUACCGAGAAAAGCCAAAUUGAAUUUUCCCUCUGCAUAAGCCAAGACCCAGAAAAACUUCAGUGGCUUCUAGACCAAAGUUUUAAGGGAGAGAUAAUAAAAACUCAGGAAUUCCCACAUAUUCUCACACUCAUUGGCAGAAACCCAGUGGGUUAUCCAUUGGCCUGGAAGUUUCUGAAGGAAAAUUGGAACAAGCUUGUACAGAAAUUUGAACUUGGCUCAUCAUCCAUAGCUCACAUGGUAAUGGGAACAACAGGCCAGUUUUCCACCAGAGCACGUCUUGAAGAGUCUACUUUUUUCCCCCAAGGUAAAAGGAUUCUUCAGCUCCUUGAAAAAAAAUGGUUCACAGCUCCGUUGUGUUCAACAAACCAUUGAAACCAUUGAAGAAAACAUACGAUGGAUGGAUAAAAAUUUUGAUAAAAUAAGACUGUGGCUUCAAAAAGAAAGGCAGGAGUUGCUGUGACAAUUUGUUUCAUACCAAGUUCCUGAAUUUAUAAUUAGUAAAAUUUUCUUCAAUUUGAGUAUUUUCUUUUUUUUUUUUAAACAUUUUUUUAUUGGACUGUUUUUAUUUAC